AUGGAUGGCUCAGUUUCAAAUGUAAACUCAAGGGCGGCCUUAGGUGGAGUGAUAAUAGGACUUUAUGAGGGCUGGCUUGUGGGUUUUGGAAUGGUAACAGGAUUGACUGAUAUAUUUCAGGUUGAAGCCAGAGCAAUGAUUGAAGGUCUAAAGUUAGCUUGGGCACAUGGUUUUCAACAAGUGGUGGAGAGUGAUAAUGCUCUUUUAGUUGACAUCCUACAAAAUGGAUUAGCUGAAAACAAUAGUGUUGCUGAAGUUAGAAUGAUUCAUACUUGGGUUUCAAAAAAUUGGCAAGUGAGGAUUAGACUCAUCUCUAGAGAUUGUAACAGAGUUGUUGACUGUAUGGAAAAUGAGGCUAGAGGUAGUUUGGAUCAAUUGAUUAAAUUUUUUGACCCACCUAUCUUUGCGCGACGGAUUUUAGAAGCAGAUAUGCAUCACGCGUUGUCUGCGAAAGCUACUUUUAGCCUAAGUUUUUUUCUUUAA